AUGUCGACAUUCGAGCCUGUGGUUGUCAUUGACGGCAAGGGCCACUUGCUCGGCCGUCUCGCCAGCACGGUCGCCAAACAGCUACUCAACGGUCAGAAGAUCGUUGUCGUCCGAUGCGAGGCCCUCAACAUUUCCGGCGAGUUCUUCCGCGCUAAGCUCAAGUACCACGCCUACCUCCGCAAGAUCACCCGAUACAACCCUACUCGCGGUGGUCCAUUCCAUUUCCGUGCCCCGGCUCGUGUCUUCUACAAGACUGUGCGUGGUAUGGUUCCCCACAAGACUGCUCGCGGCAAGGCCGCCAUGGAGCGAUUGAAGGUCUUCGAAGGUGUUCCCGCCCCGUACGAUAAGAAGAAGAGGAUGGUCGUGCCUCAAGCCCUGAGAGUUCUGCGGUUGAAGCCCGGCCGGAAGUUCUGCACGGUCGGCCGUCUGUCUCACGAGGUUGGAUGGAAGUACCAGGAUGUGGUUGCCAGACUCGAGGAGAGACGGAAAGUCAAGGGUGCGGCAUACUACGAGCGCAAGAAGGCUGCUCGGAGACAACUUGCCGAGGCGAAGAAGACUGCCAGUGUUGAUGAUAAGGUCAAGAGCAAGCUCGCAGAGUACGGCUACUAG